GUGUUUAUAAGUUUUUAGUUUACACGUCAUUUUUAAGAUUUAUAUUUUGUACUUAAUAGAUUUCAUCUUAAUAAAGUGUAGUAGUAAACAUUGAAUAUCAAUUUAAUAAAGUGCAGUUGUCAAUAAAAAUGCUGAAGGCGGUAAUACUUAUUGGCGGACCACAAAAAGGAACUCGCUUUCGGCCACUGUCACUGGACACCCCCAAGCCCCUAUUUCCAGUAGCGGGUUUACCAUUGAUUCAACAUCAUAUUGCAGCAUGUGCUAAGCUAGAGGAAUGUAAGGAAAUAUUGAUAAUUGGGUCCUACCCGACUACUGUUAUGACCCAAUUUGUUAGUGAUAUGCAGAAAGAGUAUCGCUUGAUUAUAAGAUACCUUUAUGAAUUCAUGCCACUGGGCACAGGAGGUGGUUUGUACCAUUUUAGGGACCAAGUAAGGGCUGGAAAUCCCACUGGCUUUUUCCUAUUAAAUGGUGAUGUGUGUGCAGAUUUUCCUUUGAAAAAGUUGUGGAAGUUCCAUGACGCAAAGCCUGAUGGUUUGGUCACAAUAAUGGGCACAGAAGCCACUCGGCAACAGUCUGUAUAUUAUGGAUGUAUGGUCAGAGAAACAAACACAAAUGCUGUAACACAUUAUGUCGAGAAGCCUAACAGUUAUGUUUCAACAUUAAUAAAUUGUGGAGUGUAUGUGUGUUCAUUACAAGUUUUCCAAGUAAUGGCUGAAGCAUUUCAGAGGAAACAGGAUAGAUUUUAUAGUGCCAAUGGCCAUGGAGGUCCUGAAUACAUGUCCUGGGAACAAGACGUGCUGUCUCAACUUGCAGGCACUCACAAAUUGUACGCACUACAGGUUACAAAUUGGUGGUCUCAAGUGAAGACGGCUGGUUCAGCGAUAUACGCAAACAGGCACUAUCUAGAAUUACAUCAAAAUAAGUUAAUCGAUGCGCCGUGUAAGAUACUGCCUGAUGUGUUCAUACACCCCACUGCCAUUGUUCAUAAUACUGCUGUAAUAGGACCCAAUGUAUCUAUCGGCGCAGGAGUGACGAUAAAAGCCGGUGUGAGGAUCAAAGAGUCAAUAGUACUUAAUAACGCGACUGUACACGAACAUUCGCUUGUUAUGUAUUCUGUCGUGGGUCAAGAUUCGUCUGUUGGGGAAUGGUCAAGGGUCGAAGGGACCCCAUCGGAUCCCGAUCCGAAUAAACCCUUCGCGAAAAUGGAUAACACACCCCUUUUCAAUAAUGAUGGACGUCUUAAUCCUUCCGUCACUAUACUAGGUGCAGGAGUAACAGUUCCAGCAGAGAGGAUUCUCUUGAACUCAAUAGUUUUACCACACAAACAGCUCACUCGCAGUUAUAAGAACGAAAUAAUAUUAUAGUCCAGUUUUUUAAUUUUAUACAGAUUUUGUAAAGGAAUUGAUAAUAUUUAGCUGAAUUAAUGUAAUUUCACACUUUACGCGAAACGAUUUAGGGAGCGAUCAAGUAUUACGUCACGCAAUUUUCGGAGAUUAUUGACCCUCCCCCCCCAUGUAACGCACCGUAACGUUUUUCUGUACCCAAUAGUAAAACGUUUCGUGACCA